GAUUCAUUCUACGGGAUCCGUUACGAGCAGUUUCCAUCAUUUCAGCGGGGUUUAUUAAAAUCAUUGCUCCGUAGCAAAAGCUUUACCCUCAGAGACAAAUACUCGUUAGUUUAUACUCAUUCGCUCGUGUCCAACAGUGUUAGUUCGGUGUUACUGGGUUUUGAGGUGAAAUUAGAGGAAUAAUGUCGUCGGGAAGCCCUGAAUAUUCGUCGUUCUUCGCAGUGAUGGGCGCAUCAGCAGCGAUGGUCUUCAGCGCGUUGGGCGCGGCAUACGGCACGGCGAAAAGCGGCACAGGAAUCGCCGCCAUGUCUGUGAUGCGUCCGGAGCUGAUCAUGAAGUCCAUCAUUCCUGUGGUCAUGGCGGGAAUCAUUGCUAUAUACGGGCUGGUGGUGGCCGUGCUGAUCGCUAACAGCAUUUCAGACAAGAUCACUCUGUACAAGAGUUUCCUGCAUCUGGGCGCAGGCCUGAGUGUGGGUCUGAGCGGGCUGGCAGCCGGUUUCGCCAUCGGCAUCGUGGGCGACGCGGGCGUUCGUGGCACCGCCCAGCAGCCACGUCUCUUCGUGGGCAUGAUCCUCAUUCUGAUCUUCGCUGAAGUCCUGGGUCUCUACGGCCUCAUCGUAGCCCUGAUCCUCUCAACCAAAUAAACCAGCAGUCAGCAUGCGCCGCUGCCGGACCGUCAACAACAAAAAAAUGAUAAUAAUGAAAUAUAAUAAUAAUAAUACCUUAAACUAAAGUGAAAAUUAGAUGAAUUGAGAAGCGGGAAAACAACCCUGCGCAUUAUUACAGGCUUUGCGUUUUGGUGAUAUCUCUGAAAGUGUACAGUCGUCCCAGUUUGAUAGUUUUGAUUUCUUGUAAAUGCGGUAUAUAGUGAUUUUGUCGUGUGUCUGUGAAGAAAAAAAUAUAUUAGCGCUGGGAUUAAUCGGGAUUAAUCGCAUCUACGAUAAAAGAUGGCUUUGACAUAAUAUAUGUGUGUGUGUUAUGUAUAUUUAUUAUAUAUAAGUGACACACGCAUACAUACAUAAAGACAAAACUAUACAAAACAAACAACCCAGGCUCAUUCUGAGAACGUAGUCUCGUGGACGUUUCUGGAGGCCGUGAAAUACGUCCCAGGAGGUACGUAUUUUUGCAGUUUUUGUUUUCGCGAAUGCGCGAGAGGCCGCUGUGCGCGCUAUUUCGCGCGCCGUUCUCGCGUAAACCCGCUAGAGGCCGCUGUCGAACGGCUUUCCGCCUGUCUGCCUGGAUGAAAGAAUGAUUGACCGUGCGACCGGCCAAUCGGCUGACCCACCCUCCUCCGUUCCUAAACCCAACCAACGACGAUUCACAAAAGCCGUCCAGAAAAAGAAAAGCCCUCGUCUGAUUUUUACCACGUUUUCGGAUUUUGACCACACUCUCACCCUGUGACGAACUUGUUCGCUUCAUUUUUUGGAUUUUGUUUUUGUUUUCUUACCUGAUUUCUGGAACCGCUCUUCCCCGGACUCGAACCCGGUCGUCGUCGUCGUGGUCAGCCCCUCUCUGCGCCACGAGUCCGCCAAAGUACACAAAGACCUAACCGGACAAACUGGUUGCAGCGUGAAAGCCCUCCACAAGGAGGCGAGCGGCCGGCUGGCAGGCCGGCAAGCGCCGAAGGGAACGGCGUCACACCGCCCCGCAGCGUUCGCUUAAAAAUGAAAUGCAGCCGUACGUACCCCCGGCUACGUAUUUCGCGGUCUCCAGAAACGUCCACGGGACUACGUUUUCAGAAUGAGCCUGGGUUGAAAACAAAUGUGUUGCAUAGAAAUUUCAAUUUGUCUCAUCUAAAUAUAAACAAACAUUUUCUCUAAUACAUACGUUCAUGUGUGUGUUUAUAUAUGCAUGAUAAAUAUAUACAGCACAUACACUUAAAUUAUGUCACGUUUAUUUCAGAUGCGAUUAAUAAUCACGAUUCAUUUUUGCCCAGCACUAAAAAUAUAUAAUAAUAAUAAUAAUAACGUGAUAGAUCUUUCUCUGUUUGUUCCCUCCCGCCUAUAAGUCUGUUAGCCAAUCACGCGUUCCCGUCACGCUCGAGAGGAAACGCAUGAGCAGCGUCCUGUCUCUUCCUGUCACGUGAUUUGGGGAGUUUUUUAAAAAUACAUCUCCACAUUGGUGUCAAAGAAGUGUUCGUGUGAAAAGUGGAAAAGCGCACUGACGAAAUGCUGUCUGUGGAAUGGAGUCCAUUUUAUUUAUUUUUGUUUUCCACUGGUUUUAUUUAUUGAGAACAAUAUUGUUCAUUGAAAAUGUACUUGAAGCUCCUCAGAUCCUUUGAAUUGUUAUUUAUAUAAACAUUAAUAUAUAUAUGCAGAAAUAUAUAUAUAUAUAUAAGAAUAGACCUGCACUGGCCGGGGUUGUGCAGUUGUUGAGGAGUGUUUCAGCUUGAUGUGUGUAUUUCUGGUUGUUUCCUGUGUAAAUCUGAUGUUUGGUUGUAUUAAAGGUGUGCGUGUGCCCCUUGGUGGGUCUCACAAGUGUCAUUUCCA